CAAAAAUACAUUAACAAUUAUUUGAACGUGGAGUAAACGUAGGAGUAUUAUACAAUCUGGUUUUGUCCAUCUUUAAUCUAGUCUUGGCCCCAAAAACAGGGGUUUAGCGAACGACCAUGCCGUGGUUGAGGGCAACGGUGAUUGCAUCUACUUUGCCUCUCUACUUCCCACCUAAACUCCUCCGCCGUAAUUGCCCCACUCUCCGCCGCUUUCUCUCUCUGUCCUCUCCCAAACCCCUGCCACUCUUUUCCACUCUGAGGCCGCUCUGUUCUACCUCCGCCGCCGUAGAGUCGGGAACCUUAUCUUUUUCAUCAGUUUCUUCCGCCGCCAUUGAACCCUGCUACUUAUCGUGUUCAUUUCCAGAAAAGAAACCUCUCAAAGUUGCUGUUCUCCUCAGCGGCGGCGUAGACAGCAGCGUCGCUCUCCGCCUACUCCACGCCGCUGGCCAUUCCUGCACCGCCUUCUACCUCAAGAUCUGGUUCCAAGAAGACUUUGAGAACUUCUGGUCUGAGUGCCCAUGGGAAGAAGAUUUGAGAUAUGCAAAAGCCGUUUGUGAUCAGGUUGAUGUACCUCUGGAAGUUGUCCAUUUGACGGAUGAAUACUGGAAUAAUGUGGUGUCCUACAUAAUAGAUGAGUAUCGAUAUGGCCGGACUCCAAACCCAGAUGUCCUCUGUAAUACAAGAGUAAAAUUCGGUGCAUUCGUGGAUGCCAUAAGUGGUAUGUCAUUUGAUUACAUUGCCUCUGGACAUUAUGCAAUGGUUGUUCACCCAGAUAGUGCUAAUAAAGAUGAGCCAUCUGCUUUGAGAUUGUCAAAAGAUAUGGUUAAGGAUCAAACAUACUUUCUUUCACAUCUUUUACAGUCACAGCUUAAAGGACUUAUCUUCCCUCUUGGAUGCAUCCAAAAGGAAGAAGUGCGUCGGCUUGCCAAAAUAUUUGGAUUACCCAACCAAGAUAGAAAGGAUUCACAAGGAAUAUGCUUUCUAGGAAAGAUCAAGUUCAGCGAAUUUGUUGCUAGACACAUUGGAGAGGAGGAAGGUGUGAUACUAGAAGCUGAGACAGGAUAUUUCCUCGGGAAUCACCGGGGAUUUUGGUUCUAUACAAUUGGCCAACGUCAAGGGUUACGUCUUCCUGGUGGACCUUGGUACGUUGUGGAAAAAGAUGUUGAAAAUAAUGUAGUAUUUGUAUCAAGAAACUAUUUUUCAGUUGACAAAAGAAGACGCCAAUUUCGUGUUGGGUCCUUGAGAUGGUUUAGUGGUUCUCCUCCAAGGCAGAUAACUCAAAUUCAGUGCAAGGUUAGGCAUGGGCCUAAGCUAUACAGUUGUGAUUUGGCUAUAGAAGUUGAUGGAGAUGGCCAUGCAAUCGGCGUUGUCAAAUUGUCCGAAGACGAUCAAGGUCUGGCAGCCGGACAGUUUGCUGCCUUCUACCAGGAGUCAACUUGUAUUGGAUCUGGUGUGAUCUUGGAGUCGUGGGAUGAUCAGGGCUUUCCCGUUUGUGCCAAGGCUCUAGAGAUUGCAAAAACGAAAGAUAAGUCGAAGCUUGGGAAGCCAAUAAAGAUAAAAGUCGCAGAACAUAGUAAGAAAGAGGAGGAACCUAAUAAUCAUCAGUCAAACAGCUGCCCACAAUGAAACAUUGGCAUCUCAAAUGAGGUCCAAUCAUGCGCUAAAUGGAUAUGCAACCAUUCUUGGAUGAGUCUUUGACGGUUUUGUAGAUCAGCAUAGUGCAUCAUGUGUUUAUAUUACUCGAAUGUGUUGUGAAAAACAGAGCAUUGGAGAUGUAACUUUAUGUUAGGAGUACUUUUUUUGCUUC